AAAGAAAAUGAUAGCUUUCUUCUCUGCGCAUCGUGCACACGUGACAAUCUUUGGUUUAGAGUACCGAAGAAAUGCUUUGUGGUAAACAAUAACUUAUUUGCCUCGAGUCAACGAUGAAAUCAAGAAACACAACUGAAAACGUCGCAUCGUUCUUCACGACAAUGUCAGCCAUAACACAGCAGAAAAAUAUUUGAUUAUUCUAUGGAGAAAAAGACAAAAUUUAUGUGGACAGUGAUUUUCAUCACCUCAAAAAGUUGUUGGAUCCUUCCAAAAUUAUGUUUUUGAGAUUUCUCCAGGUUUUGUAAGCAAUUGGCGAUCUAAUGUAGAGAUCACUCCAGUGCGGGAUCUGUGUACUGUAACAGUAAAUCGCCUGUGGAGGAGGAAGGUAAUUUAUGGACGUCACGGAAUAGCCUAUAAAAUGGCAACGAGAAGUUGCUGGAACAGCUCCGCUGCAAAACAGUACUACGUCUGUACUCGGUACUUGACGUGUUAUGUGAUAAAACUUGCUGUCUCACAAUUAUGGAUUCUAAACGUCACACAAUUUAUGAUUUAUCUUUCAUCAACCAAAACAAUGUCCGAGAAAAACUAAAAUCACAAUUCAGCAUAAACAAGUUUAUAAAUGUGAAAGAUCCCAUAGAUGAAAACCUUCUUGAAGCUUCAAUAAAUGCAAAUACUAAAAUGGUGAAAUGGUGCUUGAAACAAGGUGCAAACAUUGACUGUCAUUAUGAAGAUAUGCUGACACCACUGCAUAUAGCUGCAGAGAAAGGUCAUGAAGAAAUGCUCGAUAUUCUUCUCAAACACAGCAACAAGUAUAUUGACUCGAAAACAUUGUUUGGAGACACAGCACUUCUGAUUGCCACACAAAAUGAACAUAAAUUGAUUAUGAAAAAACUAUUAGACAAAGGAGCAAAUGUGAACUGUACGGACAUUUUUGGCAGGACGCCUUUACAUUUGGCUGUUUUUAAAAAGAAAUCUGGUAUUGUAAAAAUAUUGAUAUCUUAUGGUGCAAGAGUCAACACUAUGGAUACAUUUGGGGAGCAUGCACUAUGUACAGCAGUCAUUACAUCCCCAAAUCCACCUGUCACAUAUGCUCUUCUGAAGAAUGGGGCAAAUAUCAACUGCAUUAACAGUCAAGGAAUGAGUCUGCUUUCUGAAGCUAUUCUAUCAGCACACACAAAAUCAAGUAUUGAUGCAAUAAAAAUGCUGUUGCGUCGUGGGGCAAGUGUAAACAUGCGCAACACUAUCAAUGGGCAGACACCUCUACAUGUUGCUGCGCAGAUUGGCAAUCAGCCCAUUGUUGAGCUUCUGGUAGCAUCAGGAGCUGAUACAAAAGUAAAAGACCACCAUGGCCGUACACCCCGAGAUACAGCUAAACAGUAUGGUCAUCCUGAACUUGUAGAGAAGAUGAGAGCUGUGCGUUUCUUAAAUCCUGUAAGGCUGUCUUCAACCCACAGUCACAAAGAAAGAAAUAAUUAACAUUUAUCACUGUUGCAUAUUUCAUUUAAUUUAACAAAUAUUUUAAUCAAUAAAUAUAAUAAAAGUAA